CUCCAUCCCAACUACGGCGAUGCGAGCAACGUUAUCUUUUCGCUCCCCUGCGUCGACCCUCUGCCCCAAAGCGACAGCCCCCUAGACUAUGGUGUCCAUCACCAGACUGUCCUCGUUGCGGCCCAGGUUGUCGCAAACAACGCUUUCGAUGGCUACUUGGCAUUAGAUAAGAAGGGGAUACAGCCAGUAUUGAUACCUCUCGAGGGUAUUCUGAUAGGGAGGAAAUGCUUCUUCAUUGUCCCUGGUGACGAAUUCUAUCCCAUCGUACCAUCCUUUCAAGACUGGCAGUUCCCACACGACAAGCUCCCCGACUCCUGGCCUGCCGUUGCCCCAACCGAGGCAGCGCAGGCAGCCCAGUGCGUCAUCACACGGUUCCCGUGGGCGUUGGAUAGCGCCCACAUCGCCCCGACCGCGCAGACGUCGUGGUUUGACGACAACGGUAUGUCGCGCUACGGUACAAGCGUUAGUCCAAGUAUCGACGACUACUGCAACCUCCUCUGGCUACGCCGCGACUUGCAUACGCCGACCUUUGACGCCUUUUGGUUCGCCUUGGUCCCUAAACCCGUCGUUGCUACUGCCACCACUACCGCUACUAUCGUGUAUAGCGUCCAUGUCCUUGUUGACAACCAGCCCCUAUUUCCCACGUUCUACCACGAUAUCCAGGUGCCACAUCUGCGCGGGGCAGCGCGCGAAUUUCUCUUCGCCCGUUUCGCCCAGGCCGUGCGUAUCCGCGUCAAGACCUUCGUUACUGCCCGGAAGCGACGCCUUAUUGCGCGAUUCGUCGUUGACGGCAUGAAGGAGGAGGUGAUCCGGGAGGAGUUGUCCGGCGACGCGCUCUUCAAGGCAUAUGGGGGUGGACGGACACGGAGUGCCAGUCCCACCAAGCGUAAG